AGCCGCCAUCGGUUAGUGAACCGGUUCAAGCAAAGAUUAUACAGACGUUCAUUUGGUUGCUGAAGAUAGAAUCGAAGUGAAACGCACCUUGCUUUGCUUCGCUCACUCUCUGUUUUUGUUUCAGCAACUCAUUUCGCUUAAAAUGUCUUACGCUCUGCAACUCUCAGUCCCUGCACGUACUUUUGAGUCUUCAAAUAGUAAUAGAAAGAGAGCAAGAGCAUGUCAUUCGUUUCAACCCAAUAUUCCAGAGCAACCCAAUAUUCCAGAGCAAGAAGAAGCUGACACUGGAAGAGUUCAAGACCAAUCGCAUGUGAUUUUGGUUGAGAGAUACGGCAACGGGAGUGCCAAAAGGUUCAUCUUAGAUGAUGAAUGGCAAGUGCAAACCUUGCUUGUGGAACAUGAUUCUGCUGAUAAUAGAUUGCAAGGCUCACAUUUCUCUGACAUGACUUUGUCCUUCCUUCCUAAUGUUGUGAAGGAUUUCAUUUUACCUGCUGGCUUCCCAGGAUCGGUUUCAGAUGAUUACCUGCAGUACAUGUUGCUACAGUUUCCUACCAAUGUUACUGCAUGGGUUUGUCACACAUUAGUCACAUCAAGUCUCCUAAAGGCCGUAGGCAUUGAUUCUUUCUCAGGAACUACUGCUGCUGUUUCUGCUGCUACUAUCAAAUGGGUGUCAAAGGAUGGCAUUGGAGCUGUUGGGCGCUUAUUCAUUGGUGGGCGCUUUGGAAAUCUUUUUGAUGAUGACCCAAAACAAUGGCGCAUGUAUGCAGACUUCAUUGGCAGUGCUGGAAGCAUCUUUGAUCUAACUACUCAAGUUUAUCCUGCCUAUUUCCUGCCUUUGGCAUCUCUAGGAAAUCUUGCCAAGGCUGUAGCAAGAGGACUGAAAGAUCCUUCGUUCCGUGUGAUUCAAAACCAUUUUGCAAUUUCAGGAAAUCUGGGAGAGGUAGCAGCAAAGGAGGAAGUUUGGGAAGUAUCUGCUCAGCUGCUUGGUCUUGCUUUGGGCAUACUGAUCCUGGAUACACCUGGUCUUGUAAGAUUCUAUCCAGUAUUGGCAUUGACAUGGACAAGCAUGCGGCUUCUGCACCUUUGGUUACGUUAUCAGUCACUUUCAGUUCUACGAUUUAACUCAAUAAAUCUCAAGCGUGCUCGUAUAGUGGUAAAAUCACAUGUUUUAUACUCAACUGUUCCAGGAUUUGAUGAUUGUAAUAAGGAAGAAAAUAUUUUAUUAUGGGAAAAAUUCAUGAAGCCGCGAAUAAUUUUUGGUGUUCCCUUGGACGAGAUGGUUGGUGGUGAGAAUUCUGUUUUCAAGUUGAAGACACUUCUGAGAAUAUAUUCAAAGGAGAAAUAUAUUCUAAUUGUGAACCAACUAGGAAGAGAUUUUGAGGUCUUUGUAUCAUUCAAGGUGGAAGCUACUAGUAUGUCAGUUUUGCGAAGUGUGUGGCAGACAUAUUGGCUAUAUGAAAAGUUGGAAAGCUCAGGUAAUCUCUUUGACCAGCUUUCACAGAGCUUAUCGGAGAUGGAAGGAAGGUUUGAGGAUUUCAUACAGCAGUUAGAGAAAGCUGGAUGGGAUACUCAUCAAAUAAAUCUGAAAGUCCCCAAGGAAAUCUCCAUAGAUGAAUCGAGUUAAUGAUCAAAAUCAGCAAUCGGAUUUGUAUUUAUCCUGAGCUCCUGCCUGCAGAAUUCCUGCUGUCAACCAAACUGUACUUGAUAGUUUCAUUCCAAAACAAUGAAGCUAAGUAUGCUGGUCAAUGAAAGAACUCUUCAAUUAAAAUGCCGCUUCGUUUUGGAUCGUGUAACGCCUCUAAUCGAGUUUAUGAUGAUGAGAUUCAGCGAACAUGAACGCAUUAAAUUUUGGGUUGUUAAAUUUCUUCUUUUUCAUGCAAUAGAAAUUAUAUGCUUAAAGCUACUUGAAAUGUAAAUUGCAGCCUAGUAUUUGAAUCUUUUCCAACGGAGUGAAUUACUCGGUGCUAGUUAAAUUACAUAAGA